GUAUGCAUGUAUGUAGUGUGUGUGUGUUUUUGCAGAAUUUAUAUUUUAUUGCAUAUAAGUAGAGCAACACAUAGUACCACUCGUGUGUACAAGUCCCUGAAGAUUCUCAGUACACAAUGUGUAAUAAUAUGCAAACUGAGGAAUUCUUUAGGUCAAAUAACACACUGCCUACACUGGCAGUCUACACAAAGGCUCCUCCAUUCACAGAGCUUUACAAGAAAACCAAGACAGCUAGGUGUGGUUACAAUGUUGUUAUCUCAUCCCCCUUGUUAAGUAAAUAAGUUUGUUUCCCUCCCUAAAACUUUGCUUUACAAGCAGUGUGUGCAGCAGGCAAAGCUUCACUAUAACCAGUCUGAUAGCUGGCUGCAUGGAGGAAGUCUGUGCUGACAAGCGGAGGAAUUGUGGAUUUAUGCUUCAGAGUGAGUGUCUGCUGCUUAAACCACACCUUGGAUAACAAUCCAUGAAACAAGAAGUUAAGAGUUGUCCUGAAAGGGCAUUUUAAUUAUUUAACAAAGUUUCUCCGUCUGAUUUUACCCUGAAUUAUUGAUCACCACCAUUGAACGGCAAAGUUUUAUCACAGUAAUAUCAAAGUUUCAUCCAUGGAUUCAACUUUCUACCGUUGGAAGAGGGUUUCACAAAAAGAUUCAGAAAGGACACCUCUACUGCAAUCCAAGAGGAAAGGUCCAACAUAUAACUUGAACAAGCAACGGGUUGUCUUUGCCAAUAACAGGAAAUGGGAUGGAGACUGCAACACCAUUUCCAAGUUUUAUGUUGGAAAUAAAAUUAGAACUACAAAAUAUACUAUUUUAACGUUUCUGCCCAAAAACUUAUUUGAGCAGUUUUACAGGUCUGCAAAUCUGUAUUUUCUGUGUCUUGCUAUCUUGAACUGGAUGCCAGAAAUUGAGGUGUUUCAUAAGGAGAUAACGAUGGUUCCCUUGGUAAUAGUGCUGCUUGUUAUUGCGGUGAAGGAUGCUGUGGAAGAUUCUAGAAGAUAUCGCAACGAUAGGAAGAUCAACUUGAGGAAAACAAGUGUAUAUAACAAGAGCGAGAGGAGCUUUGUUGACAAGUGCUGGAGAGACGUGCGCGUUGGCGACUUUGUCAAGCUGUUUUGUAAUGAGAUCAUUCCAGCGGACAUUCUGCUUCUCUACUCCUCUGACCAAAACGGGAUCUGUCACAUAGAGACUGCUAAUUUGGACGGAGAGACCAACUUAAAGCAAAGACAAGUGGUCAAAGGAUUUACGAAUCAAGAAUCUUUAUUUGAUCCAGAAUCUUUUACGCACACCAUUGUCUGCGAGAAACCCAACAAUAAUCUUGGCAAAUUCAGAGGUUACAUGGAUCAGCACAAUGGACAACGGACAGGAUUUGGCACUGAAAGUCUUCUCCUUCGGGGGUGCACAGUACGGAACACAGAAGAAACCAUUGGUGUUGUGGUCUAUGCUGGGCAUGAGACCAAGGCGAUGUUAAACAACAGCGGUCCGCGUUACAAGCGCAGCAAGAUCGAAAGACUGAUGAAUAUCAAUGUUUUCUUCUGCGUCGGCAUCCUGUUCAUCAUGUGCCUUAUUGGAGCUUUAGGUUAUGGCAUUUGGUAUGGCAAGUUCACAGUGCAUCCAAUAUUUGUGGUUCCAAAUUCUGAUGGGACUUACCUUUCUCCAGUUCUCUCUGGUUUUUACAUGUUCCUCACCAUGAUAAUCUUGUUGCAGAUCUUAAUUCCAAUUUCUCUGUAUGUAUCGAUCGAGUUGGUGAAACUGGCCCAGAUCUAUUUUAUACAUAACGACAUUGAUCUAUAUGACGAGGAAAUUGAUGUUUCAGUACAGUGCCGGGCAUUAAACAUCACAGAAGAUCUUGGGCAAAUCCAGUAUGUCUUCUCGGACAAGACGGGUACUCUGACAGAAAACAAAAUGGUCUUCCGUAGGUGCACAAUUGUAGGAAGCGAGUUCUCCCAUCAGGAAAAUGCAAAGCGUUUAGAAUCUUACAUAGAAACUGGCAGAGAAGAAGAUUCCGAUGACGAGGAGCUGACAAAACCCAGGAACUUCUCACUUCUUAACCUUGCUGAAGAAAACCAUAACACAGUGCGCCAUAAAGGAACACGGGCUCUGCGACGGUGCCAAAGUGCACGACCCAACAUCCAAGGGCACUUUAGGAAGAAAUCAGAAGGACGUUUCGACAUAUCCCAAGUGGCAUUUAGCAGUCCUAUUGAGAAAGACGUGACCCCAGAUCAGACGCUGUUAAAGAAGGUCAGAGAAGCGUCGGUCCAAAUUGAAACUCUAUCUUCAUUUAAGUCGCAAAGCAGCAGUAGGUCUUCCAGUUCUCCUUAUAUCGAUUUCUUUCUGGCUCUGGCCAUUUGCAAUACAGUGAUGGUCUCCACAGCAACUGAGCCCAGGCAGAGGGUUACAAUGGCACCUCUGCUGAAACAAUCAGCCUCAUCUCUGGAAAAAGUCCAGCAUUUGUUACAACGGAUAAAGUUAUUGAGGCUGAGCCAGCCCACCACCACCACCCCAUCCACCACUACCACCACUACCACCACUCCAUCUGACUCCAACCCUGCAACCCCUUCAAGCUCCAAGAAAAACAAAGUUAGUCCAGAUAACUCAUCUCGUUGUAGUUCGGGUGAUGCUGAGAACCAAAGCAGUGGGAGAGAGGCCUCAUCGGCAAGCAGAAACAGCAGCGACAACUGCAUCGAAGAAAUGUUCAACGCCGUUGCUCCAUUCCAUAUAGAGGAUGAGUUCUGCUAUGAAGCAGAAAGCCCAGAUGAGGCGGCAUUGGUCCAUGCUGCAAGGGCGUACAGCUUCACCCUAAUGUCCCGCACCCCUGAUCAAGUGACGAUACGGCUUCCACAAGGCACCCUGCUCACUUUUGAACUUCUGUACACCUUGGGCUUUGACUCAGUCAGAAAAAGAAUGUCUGUGGUGGUUCGUCAUCCAAUAACAAGAGAGAUCAUCGUGUACACCAAAGGAGCUGAUUCUGUGAUCAUGGAUUUAUUAGAUGACCCAGCCAAAGCUAAUAUAAGUGAUGAGAAGAAAUUACGGAAAAUGCAUGCAAGAACUCAGAGGCACCUGGACUGGUAUGCCAGGGAUGGUCUGAGAACAUUGUGCAUAGCUAAAAAGGUACUAAGUGAAGAAGACUUCGUGCGGUGGUCAAAUUUCCGUGAGGAGGCGCAAGCGGCCAUUGAUAACAGGGAAGAGUUAAUUAUGCAAACUGCUCAGCAUUUAGAAACCAAUCUCACUCUACUCGGAGCAACAGGCAUAGAGGAUCGUCUGCAAGACGGAGUGCCGGACACGAUCGCCGCUUUAAGAGAAGCUGGAAUAAACGUCUGGGUGCUGACCGGUGACAAACAGGAAACAGCCGUUAACAUCGCCUACUCCUGCCAACUCCUGGAUCAGAGCGAUAUGGUUUUUACGAUCAAUACUGAGAGCAAGGAGACCUGCGAGUCCAUCCUAGACUGCACUCUGGAGGAAGUCAAAAAGUUUUCUCCUGAGAAAAAAAAGAAGCGCUUCUUCCAGAGAAAGAGGACAGGACCUGACCCUGAGGCGGAGAUGGCUCCUCCAAAAGUUGGACUGGUGAUCGAUGGGAGGACUUUAAAUGUUGUUUUCCAAGGUGGUUUGGAGGCCAAAUUUCUGGAGCUGAGCAAGUACUGCCGUUCGGUCUUGUGCUGCCGUGCAACUCCUCUGCAGAAGAGUUUGGUGGUCAAUCUAGUACGGGACAAGUUAAAGGUCAUGACGCUUUCCAUAGGUGAUGGUGCUAAUGAUGUUAGUAUGAUUCAGGCUGCAGACAUUGGGAUUGGAAUCUCCGGACAAGAAGGCAUGCAGGCGGUAAUGUCCAGCGAUUUUGCCAUUUCCCGCUUCAAGCAUCUCAAGAAACUACUGUUGGUCCACGGUCAUUGGUGCUACACUCGAUUGGCAAAAAUGGUUAUCUAUUUCUUCUACAAAAAUGUGGCUUAUGUUAACUUGCUGUUCUGGUUCCAGUUCUUCUGCGGUUUCUCAGGGACUACUAUGAUAGACUACUGGCAACUGAUCUUUUUCAACCUCUUCUUCACAUCCUUGCCUCCUCUCGUUUUUGGGGUAAUGGACAAAGACGUAUCAGCAGAGACUCUCAUGAGUUUGCCGGAUCUUUACAAAAGUGGGCAGAAAUCGGAGUCCUACAGGAUGUCUACAUUUUGGAUCAUCAUCCUUGAUGCCUUCUACCAGAGUCUUGUCUGUUUCUUUGUUCCGUUCUUUACUUACUAUAAAUCUGGGAUCAGUCUCUUGUCAUUUGGAACCCCUAUUAACACUGUAGCUCUCCUAACUAUUUUGCUACACCUUGCUAUUGAGAUAAAAACUUGGACAAUUAUCCAUUGGGUCACAAUUAUAGGAAGCGUUGUCGCCUACUUUGUUGUUGCGUUGGCCUACAGUGCUAUCUGUCUUUCGUGUGAAGUGCCAAGCCCAUAUUGGGUAAUGGAGGUUCAGAUGUCAGACCCCAUGUUCUAUUUAGUCUGCAUUAUUACACCAGUCAUUGCCCUCUUACCAAGGUAUUUUUUUAUCUCACUGAGAGGGACAUGUGGAGUUGCCCCCACUACAGAAGCUCAUAAAUUUGAUAAACUGAGUAAAGAAGAGAGAGAAUUGAAAAUACAGGACUGGAAAGAAAGAAAUAAUCAGGCUUCGAACCCUUGUAAUUCAACAUUAAACACAGAUUUUCUACCCUCGACUCCAGAAAGGGGGCUUCACAACGUUUGUUCCCCCAUCUAUGAGGAAUGUUCACCUAGAAACGCGGAUACUUCAAAAUCCCCAUUACCAAAAUCUGUUCCCAAUGCCGUAGCUCCGGCUAGAGGUGUUACGGAUCUUUUAAGGGAAAACUCAGAAGACUUUUCUAGAGCCAGCCACCGCAGAUCUAUAAGUACUGUCACUGUCUAGAGAUGGACAUUUUUGGGAAGUUGCACGUUUUCUCCCAAUGUAUAUGCACAUUUUGGACAACCUCUGAUUAACCCAUAUUGGGCAAAGAAACAGAGGUGAAUGGUGCCUCUUUAAUUCAGCUGUGAAGUUGUUUACACUCCGAGGACCAAUAUGAUAAACCCAAAUAAUGGGUGCAGACUUUUCAAAUGAAGGAAGGAUGAAUAGCCAUGGACUUCUUGACUGUUCAUAAAUGUAUGUGUCUAUUUUUAGGAGCUGCUGGCAGACUGCCUUAUAAUGAACGUUUACAAUAAUCAGGUUUCUUCUUAAUACCUCUGAGUUUUUGUCCACGCAUUCCUCCAUGUUAUGGUCAGAAAUGCGUCUGUAGUGUUUCGACCUCCCUCCUGGAGAACAACCAACGUAUGUAAGCUCACAACAAUUUUAUAUUAGCCAGUGGGUAUAGACUAAUUUGCCAAUACCAUGAAUAGGCCACAAGUGACAAUGGAUGAAAACUCCCAUCAUUCCUAGUCAGCAAGGAAUUGAUGGAUCGAGUGAAGAUAAUAGGGCUUGUAGUCUGCCAAACCGAUUGCACAAAAUCCAAUAACUUGAAUUAGUAUAUGUUUUGUUAGUCUGUAAAACUGGUGAAAGAAUUUUGAAUCAUGCCUAUCUAUUGUAUUUAAUGUCACAUUUCUCAGUUUGCAAUGACAGUGGUUCUUUUAAAUAUGAAACCUGGUCUGGCAAAGUGUAUAGAUUUUCUCUCCAACGUCCUAUACACAAGCCUCAAUCUAGCUUAUGCCAAAAUCGUAUGGUGCCAAGUAAAUAAAACAUUACUUUUUCCUACACAUCACAAAUCCUGAUUUUAAUGUUGAAUGCAUUGUAUUACGGCUCACAUAAUGCAAUUUUUUUUUUUUAUAAAAUGUGUGAAGUUGUGAGCAUAGGACACUGUAUAAUUUAAACAAUUUUUUAUUCAUUGAAAUAUUUGCAUUU